GCCUCCCAAGCGUUGGCCAGACCACAUACAUCCUCUGGCGUAGCCCAGGCCACCAUGGCAUCGCUAAGACAAGCUUUAUGCCCCAAGGUGUUGCCUACUACUCCAAGCCAGCACACAAUGCCCAGUGCCCAGUGCCUGUGCCUGUAAAGCGUUGCCUAUUGCCUAACCAGUGCCCAGUUAGCACAAGCGUCUGCCUGGCUUUGCCUACUGCUUGCCUGCCGGGCAUUGCCUGUUGCUUACCCAGCGCCUUGCUGGCGUUGUUCGGUAGUUGGGUCUGCGCGAGGAUGUCGCCUACUGCCAUUGUAGCACUCCUAUGGCUGCCAAGAGCGUCACAUAUUGCCGGCGGUACUCUGGCGUUGCUCUCCACUCCAAUGAAGUCAACUAGCUAG